AUGUCGGAACACACACAAACAGCACUUUCCUCUUCUCAAACUUCAUCAAACCCCCCUAUUGAAAAAUCCCUCGAUUAUCACCUUCUUCUACACUUUUAUAGUCAAUAUGAUAGUCUCGGACACUUUUUAUAUGAUACUCGUGAACGAAGAUAUGCAACCUGUAAAGAGUAUUUGAAUCGUUUGAGUGAGGUUGCCGAGAUGAGUAAUUACGAAGUUAGUCCAACGAUGGUUCGGAGAGCUCUCUAUAUUUACUACUCGUGUUUGACUGGACAUUUGUUGGAUCCUGUAAGAGCAUCAAAAUUAGCUUCGUGUGUGGAGUCAUUACAAACAAAGGAUCAUAUAUUUAAAUGUAAAGAUGAAAUUUUGCAGAAUAAGGUUUUUGUGGAGACAAAAGUUUUGGAUCAAGUUUGGCAAAUUGAAAAUAGGAAAUACAAUUUAGAGGAAAAGAUACCAAAAUGUGAUGCCAAGUGUUCUGAAUGGUUUUAUAAACUGGGGCUGUGCAAUAGAUUUUUGAAAGCAAGACGUAUAAAGAAGGAGACAGAUGUUGCCUUCAGUGAGGCAGCAGAAACAGAAAUUGAAGAAGGAAAGAAGUAUUAUGCUGUCUGUGAUGAAUUUAAAAAGAAGGCUGUAAAUUGUGUUGGAGAAGUAUUUUGCGAGAAUCAAGAAAAGGAAUUGAAAGAAUGUUUAUCGAAAAGUUCGUUUCUGCAUGGCUGUGAAGAUGAAGAGAAGGCUCUCAAAAAGUGUUCCCAUUACAAUUAUGCCCUCAUGAAUCACCUCAAAUUCAGAAAGAAUCACAUCAAGAAGCCAAAUAGUUCAGAGGGCACUUCUGCAGGAACAUCUGCGAACGACCAAGAUGACGAGCCAAAUGUGAUCGAUGAAUGA